UCUGCAAAAGUGUUCUCACGAUCAGCCUUGUGCCGCGCGCUGCAAGGUGGACCCGAACGUGAAACGAAUAAAGGAUGCUAAAUAUGUUACCGGAUUUCAGAGAAGAUAUUUGAAUUCGUUAAGAGUGCAGUGAAAACCGAUAUUGUGGUGCGGCAUCGCGUGUCUCUGACGCAACAUUACUUAGGCAAGGUAGACAUAUGGGCGCAUCGGUCGAACGCCUGCACUAUUACCGUUGUUGUCAACUCUGACGGAAAACGUGGGGAUUGCAGAUUUUUCUGAGAAAGAGAAAAUUUAUCGUACAUAAUACUUCGAUAAGUACACGUGGCGUGAAACAGUGAUGAUAACGGUGAACGGAUAGACGAUUUGAAAUGCGUUCUACGAUGCCGUGCAAGAACUGGGUGCUCGUCCUUCUAGGGGUUUCGCUCGCUGCCGCAGCUUCGACGACACGGGGAACAUGGAUAAACGUAGGCUUGCAGGGGAUUCGCCAGUUAGAGGCCAUGAGAACGACGGAGGUGUACGAAGUGGGAGCUUCGCCGCUUUGUGCGAACUUGAACGGUCUCUCCCCAGGCCAGGGGAGGCUUUGCCAGCUCUACCAGGAUCACAUGGCCGGCGUGGCACGAGGCGCGAGGGCCGGAAUCUCCGAGUGUCAGCACCAAUUCCGUGACAGAAGAUGGAACUGCUCGACAGUCGAGGAUGGGACGGUCUUCGGUCCGGUACUCGGAAUCGCCAGCAGAGAAACGGCCUUCGUCCACGCUAUGGCCGCCGCUGGUGUCGUAUACUCCGUCAGCCGUGCCUGCAGGGAUGGCCAGCUGUCGUCCUGCGGAUGCUCGAGGAGCGGACGCCCGAGGGAUCUUAAUCGAGAGUGGAUCUGGGGCGGCUGUGGCGACAAUCUCGAGUACGGCUACAAGUUCACUCAAGGCUUUGUCGACGUUCGGGAACGCGAACGAAGCUACAAAAGGGGCAGCCGAGAACAGGGCAGAAGUCUUAUGAACCUUCACAACAACGAGGCUGGCCGCAGGGCAGUUGUGAAGAAAUCGAAGGUAACCUGCAAGUGCCACGGUGUCUCUGGAAGCUGCAGCCUCAUCACGUGUUGGCAGCAGCUCGCCUCCUUCAGGGAAGUUGGUGAUUACCUGCUCGACAAGUACGACGGGGCAACCGAAGUUCGAGUAAACAGAAGAGGACGUCUCUCGAUCCGAGACCCACGCUUCACCCUCCCGACUGCCAACGACCUGGUUUACCUCGAAGAUUCGCCAAACUAUUGUCUCAGAAAUCUGACCAUGGGAUCCCUAGGCACCCAGGGGCGAGUGUGCAACCGAACGUCAGCCGGUAUGGACGGAUGUAAUCUUCUGUGCUGCGGAAGGGGUUAUAACACUCAAAAGACGAUAGUGAAGGAAAGGUGCGAGUGCAAGUUUCACUGGUGUUGUUUUGUCGAGUGUAAGACAUGCGUCAAGAGCGUCGACGUGCACACGUGCAAGUAGCUGCCUCGGUGCCGUUAUUACGAGCAGGGUGUCAUUUUCUCGAUGCAUCCGCCAGAGAAGAUUAAGCAACGUAAUUUAUACAAUGACGCAAAAUGUUUUAAAUCAGUUAUGCAGCAUACUUACUGUCUUGUUUUUGUUUCAUUGAACUCACUGCGUUUAAAUAUACGCGAGAUGUAUCUUCUUGUAAAAGUAUGAUAUUACACUAUUUAUUGUAUUCUUGCCAAGUAGUACGAGGUACAUUAUACAUCGUACGUGGUGCACAGGAAAAAAGAUGGCGUACGGUGACUAAGAAAUCUCAGCACAGUAUUUAAUUAAUCUAGCAUUAAAUGGAUAUUUCCAAUUUCUCUGUAGAGUUAUUAUUAACUAUACAUACCACAACGUUUCUCAAUCAAAGUAUAUCACUGAACGGGUGGAGUUGAUCGAUUAUUCAAAU